AAACAGACCAUCCAAACGCUCCUCUCUCUCUCUCUCUCUCUGUGUACAAAAGCUUACAUUUUCCAUCUCUCGAUUCUCUGCACUGCCAAACACCAUCAAACGAAGGAAAAUUAUGUUACGUUUUCACUAUCAUCCCUAUUUUUACAUGUACAAGUCUUUUUUUCACUCUCUCUAGUCUCUAUCUCUCUGUACAUAGUUAUAUAUAUAUAUAUAUAUAUAUAUAUAGUCUCAAUAGAGUUUCCCAAGCCAGUUAAAUCUCAAUAGAAGCGUGUCUCUCUCUCCCUAGUCGGUUAAAUCUCCGAGCCAAACCUUAUUCUUCAGCUACACUGGCCCUACCAAGCAUGCAAGCUUUCAGCUUACUCAAUCUCUGGCGAAAUGCCGGUGGUGAUUCCACCGCCGUAAGCGGCGGAGGGGACUCGGACGCCGAUAUCUCAACCGUUCAACAAGUAAGCCAUGAGUCGACCGUGGAAACCGACGAUGAUGAGUCUUUCUUCGAUUUGGAAUUCACUGCACCUUAUUGUGAUGACAAGGAAGAAAACAAUGCUAGAGAUGUCAAUGAUGAAGAUCGAGAAACGAAGUUCGAUUUCGUUGAGUCUCCAAAAGAUGUCUUCUUUGGAGGCAGAAUCGUGGCAUUAGAACCGAGUUCGAAGCCUCAGUCUCCGAUUUCAUUGCUGAGAUCUUCGCGAGUCUUCAUGCUAGGGUUUAGGAAAUCAAAAUUCCAGAAAACAGAGGAAAGCUCUGUUUCCAUGGCGACUCCGAAGCAUAACCAGAAGAAAUCGUUACAACAAGGACAGAGCAAGCGGUUCACAGUGAAAUGCAAAGUCAAAGAGGUUCCGAUUGUCCCGCUCUUCACCAGAGACAACAGUUUGAGAAGCAAAACCGUGAAGCAGAGCUCAUCUGAAUCGCCUCCUGACGAUUCGUCCAAGCGGUUUUCAAAAGAUGCGAUACAGAAGUAUCUGAAGCUGAUCAAACCGCUCUAUGUUAGGGUUUCCAAGAGGUACGGCGAGAAGAUGAAAUUUUCAGGCCAGUUAUCGACCACGACCCCGUUGUCGUCUGCGUCAACGGCACCAUCGUGCUCGCCGAUAAAGCAUCCGGAGGAGAAGCAGGGGAGUCGGCCGGCUGUCCUUCGAGUAGUGGGUAAGCAGUUAGGAAAGAGCCGAUCCGCGUCGUCGGACGCCGGAAUGAUGCCUCCUCCCGUGAGUAGGAGAGACGAUUCACUGCUGCUGCAGCAUGAUGGCAUUCAAAGCGCCAUUCUUCAUUGCAAGAGAUCCUUCAACUCCUCCCGAGAAGGCGAUGAUCCAUGGACAAAAUGUGUUGAGGAGGAGAAAAGAUGCAGCAUUUGAAGCUUCCAUUACUCUAAUUUUGAGAUAGAACAAAAGGCGGGAAACUGAUUAUCUAGUAAUCAUCCUGCUUGGAUUAACUAAUACCUUAUAUUACGUUAGUUAUAUAUAUAUAUAUAUAUAUAUAUAUAUCUAGAUUUUGUAUUUUGGUGCUGCAUAGGAUUUUGGAUCUCUCCCCUAUUCGUUUUUCAUUGUUCGUGCAAUUGGUGAAGCUCACCAUUUUCAAUUUUACUGUUGCAUUGGUAGAGCGGUCACCUAGCUUCCCGAGUUCGAGUUUCCCUUGUAUCAUUUCAUUAAGCAAUUUAUUAGUAAUUUAGUUGGUAAAACGUCUAGCUUCUCCAUAACUCUCCGGUCCUGGUGUUUUCAUGUUUGAAUUUCCUCCCUUAUUUAAAAAAAAAAAAAAACUAUUAUAUUUGUUUAAUUGUGAAAUUUUAUUAUUAAAGUGGUGAAAUUAAAUUUUAGUGAAGUGUAUCGAUGGCUUAUGUAAAAAUGGCUAUCCAAGAGGAUUGGGGUUGAUGGGAGAGAGGGUAGGGUAGUGGAUUUGGUCAGAGUAGAGAUGGGUUCUCUUGUAGUUAUCUGUAAAGUGACUGGACAUGACAUUUCAUAUCAGUGUGAGAAAUGGAAAGAAAUGAUUAGUCUGUGGUGUGCGUAUAUAUAAUUUCUGUAUUUGGCAUUAUGUUGCGUUUGAACAUUUGGUAUCGAUAUGAUGACCGUGAUUUCUCUGCAA